AAAUCGCAAAGCUUAUAUAUUAAGAUUUGCAAUUCCUUCUCAUUUCCCUCCUCUGAAAUCGCGCACGCAUAAUACCAGCCUGAUCUUCUAGCUUAACAGAAGGAAGCCUAAAGAAAAUUAACCUCAACAAAGUAUCUCGCCCGUUUUCUUUCUUUCCUUUUCCCGGGAAAUUCCUUGCUGAUUCUCUGCUGUUUGUUACGUUUCUGUUUGGAGUUUGAUUUCAGAAAAGGCGAUCACGAGGUUUUGAAGGGCUUAGAGCUCAAAUUUCGUUUCGCUCCAAGUCAUUUUCUCGUGAUUUACUGCUUCUUCAUCUUCCAUUUCCCAGAUCUUUGCUGCGGGUGCCGGAAAUCUUUGAUUCAGAUUCUGGAUCCCCUUUCCAUCAGCUUGAUCGUAAAUCAGCAACUCAAAACCUGUUAAACAUUAUUCAAAAGCUCGUAUCAAUAUCACUACUCAUUCUCUUCCAAAUUACAGACAGGAGAUUAAGAACAGAAUGGGAACCCUUUCACGCAGUAGGAAACCAAAUGAGAGUAUGAGGCUUAUUGUGACAACAUUUGUUGGAAUAGUGUUUGGCUUUUUGAUAGGAGUUUCUUUCCCAACACUGUCAUUAACUAAGCUAAAUCUGCCAGCCAGCCUUCUUCCUUCCGCUGACCUUUCUUACAUUGAUGAGAAACGAUCCGGCCUCUCAAGUCAAGCAGCUCUGAGUAUACAGUCAUCUCUGACAAGUAACAAUGGCAGCUCAUCCACGAAUGAUACCCUAAAGAUUUGGGUCCCGUCAAAUCCUCGAGGUGCAGAAUUACUACCACCAGGUAUCGUUAGAGCUCAGUCAGACUUCUAUUUUCACAGAUUAUGGGGCAACCCUAAUGAGGACUUGUCUGACAGGCCAAAGUAUCUUGUCACCUUUACUGUUGGCUACAAUCAGAGAAAUAACAUCGAUGCCUGUGUUAAAAAGUUUUCAGGGAACUUUACCAUUCUUCUAUUUCACUAUGAUGGGCGAACAACUGAAUGGGAUGAGUUUGAGUGGUCACAGCGUGCAAUUCAUGUGAGUGCCAGGAAGCAGACAAAAUGGUGGUAUGCAAAGCGUUUUUUGCAUCCUGACAUUGUGGCUGCAUACGACUACAUAUUUAUCUGGGAUGAAGACCUGGGAGUGGAGCACUUUAAUGCAGAAGAGUACGUUAGACUAGUGAAGAAGCAUGGUUUGGAGAUUUCGCAGCCUGGCUUGGAACCUAACAAAGGGUUGACAUGGCAGAUGACUAAGAGAAGAGGAGACCGUGAAGUUCACAAGGUAACAGAGGAGAAACCAGGCUGGUGCUCUGAUCCACAUCUGCCUCCAUGUGCAGCAUUUGUUGAGAUUAUGGCUCCAGUAUUUUCAAGAGAUGCAUGGCGGUGUGUUUGGCAUAUGAUUCAGAAUGAUUUGGUCCAUGGGUGGGGUCUUGAUUUUGCCAUGAGACGAUGUGUGGAGCCUGCCCAUGAAAAGAUAGGAGUGGUAGACUCUCAAUGGAUUGUUCAUCAAACUGUUCCCUCUCUGGGCAACCAAGGAGAGGCUCAGAAUGGGAAGGCACCAUGGCAAGGGGUGAGGGAAAGAUGUAAAAAAGAGUGGACUAUGUUUCAGGGCAGGAUGGCGAAUGCGGAAAGAAAUUAUUUUAAGACAAUGGGAGUUGAUUCUUCCAACUUUACGGGUCAUUAGGAAACAAGUACAACACAGAGCGUGACUGUACACAAUCAUAUGAUUACCACAGUGCUUAGGUUUUCAAAUAUAUGUAGAAUCCAAUAUUAUAGAUGUAACAAUUAUUUAUUAUUAUUAUUAUUUUUAUCAGUAGUAAUAUCAAUGAUAAGGUCUGCUCGUCUUGGUCUUAGAAAAAUCUUCUCCGUGUGUAAAUUCAGGCUAUUGUCUCAUACGAGCGCGAAUUCCUAUUUUUGAUUAAUUGAGCAGGCGUUGGUGGCUGUAAAA